AUGCUGCCUCGAGACGGACGCCGUUUCUACAUUGAGCCUCCAGGUGGUGUGAUUGUUGGCUCAACGGCACGACACGAACUCAACGGUCCCAGCAACAAGCAGAUAAGUGGCUCUGCAUUACCAUGGGCACGAUACCGUUAUCGCGGACGCGCCGCCAGCCACUCAGGUGAUUUUGCAACCCUAAGCAAGCGCCUCUUACGUUUCCGCGCAAAACUCUCGACGCUCGACACUGAAACGUAUCUAGCGCGCGUACUGGUGCACUACGCGUCCAGGUUGUUUUACCCCACUUCCCACUUUCUCCUGCGUCGUGCACUACGGCAAUACGUUGUUAGCAGCAACCCAUUGUAUACGAACGCCCUGUGGGCUAUCGACAGUUCUAGUCGUGCAAAGUUGCAACUAGAGCAGUCCAAGUUCCGGCGUAUGCUUCGGAAACCGACAUAUGCUUCACGGGGUGUCAGGUUUCCAAGGCUGCUUCCAUACUACAACAACCUCCACACGAGAGCCGCAAAUGGUAUCAUUCCCGCUAUGCUUACUACCCGCUAUCCGAAAUCUCUUCACCGUGUUCCGUUCCGACGCGCCUCUUCGAUCGUCGCUGCCACACAUUUCAGCCUGCUCACCCUCGCUUGCUCAUGCCACAUCCUCUCUAAGCCAUCGGCUGCACGCCUGGAAUCUCGACCCAUCUGUGGGCGGCGAGGCGGCUAA